AUGCGGAUGAGUAAGAAGCGAUGGGUGAUGUUGCUGAUGGUGUACAUCGUCUACCUGCUGGUGGGGGCCUAUGUGUUCCAGGUCCUGGAAGCGCCCUCCUCAAUAGAAGAGAAGCUGAAGAAGAUCAUGGCAGUGCAGCAACUGCAGCUCCAGUCUUCUGGUGGGUGUUGCCAAUGUUACCACAUCCAAUGUUACCACAUCCAAUGUUACCACAUCCAAUGUUACCACAUCCAAUGUUACCACACCCAAUGUUACCACAUCCAAUACCUCGUGUCGGACGAAAACCUCACGGAUGAGAACCUUGGUUGGAACUGGGACUUCUGGAACGCCUUCUUCUUCUCAUUCAUCACCAUUACCACCAUAGGUUACGGCCACCUGUCGCCACGUACUACAUUCGGGCAGCAGUUCUGCAUCUUGUAUUCAUUGUUCGGCAUCCCACUGAACACAAUGGUGUUCGUUACACUUGCAGGCUUCUACUCUGAUUUUGUGUUGACGAGAGAAGAUCGAGAGGGUGGCAACGGAAGAACCGCGGUCCAGGUGGUGAGUCGGGCGCUGGUGUAUCUCAUGCCGGGACUGAUUUUAUUCCUGAUCGUGCCAGCCGUUAUCGUGAUGGAGGUUGAGGGAUGGACAUUCCUUCAGAGCUUCUACUUCGCCUUCAUCUCCCUCACCACCAUCGGAUAUGGCGACUUCGUGGCGGGGGGACAAGGCUACACCGGGUACAGAGACUUCCUAUACAAAGGCUACAUUAUGUUGUGGACCAUGUUUGGCUUGUCUUACCUCAUAAUGAUCAUCACAUUCCUCGUAGAUGCUCUCAAGUCUGAUCCGGUCAGAGCGGUGGAAGAGCGGACAGCCCGGCUGCUGCUGAAGCGCACAGCUCGUCUGCAGGCGCUGGUGAACAGCUUUCUGGUGCAUCAUCACAGGCUGCACCAGAAUUAUACUCCGAAGAAUUUGCCAGAGGAAAAGUUGGUAGGCAAUGACACUGGUCAGGAAAACCCAAGCUUAGAUGUUAUAGACAACAGCAACGACGAUCCAAAAAUUGACGAAAAUGUCGAAUGCAUCAUGGUAAGUGACGAGGAAAUUAUCUCAGGACGAUCGAGACGUUCUUCUGUCACUACAUUGGCAGGGAGAAAGCCUUCCACCCGUUCUAGAGUUUCUCAUCGGUCUGAUGGAAGACGAAGUAUAGUGUCGACCAAAUCCAAAAAAAGCCGAAGCUCGAACAUCGUGCAUCCAACAACGCCAGAAGUACCGAUGUCAUACCUUGGAAUGAAGAAACGUUCGACCAUCGUUAAUGCUAUGGCAAAAAUCAUGCCCGGAGAUUCAAUGGAGCGACAUUAUCCCACGUACAAUCAUGGCUCCAGCAUCAUGCACUGCUGUAGUGGUGACAUGUACCACGCUCACAUUGACAUCGACCAUCACCACAGCGACAUGCACACGUACGAUAACUAUAGCAAGGAGCUCUUGACACUAGCCGCACUCGUGGAUAAAGUUGAGCGUCUUCUCGAGAUGGUCAAAAGGAAUGAACCCACGGACACCGACACCGACGAAAUGAAUUCUGAAGAAGGAUGUGACCCGAAGACUGCCACGCCAAGCCCAUCCACGAGUGAAUCUACUGACAUUCACGUUAAGGAAGUCCCUCCUAUGAGCGAGGAUAUAGAUAUCGGUAAAGAUAAAGAAUUAGAAGACAAUUCCUUACAUUUUGAAACUGCAAACCUUUAAUAGAUCAAUAUGAUAAAUGGAAUUUUUGUCUUAUCAUUACGGAACCUCGAGGUUCUUAUCAAAUGUUUUAAUGUAAGCGUUAUUGCAUUUACUGAUUUCCAUUCCAUAUAUUUUUGUUUAUUUUUAAUUAAGCAUUGAAGCUACUUUACAAAUGAAUUUCCAGUCGAGUUGGACUUAUUUCCUUGUACAGAAACGUAUCGCUUUGGUUGCCAGACCAGUGGUUCCUUAUUCUGAAGCAGACCUUAUACGAGUAACUCCAAAAAUAUCGCAUAAAUUCCCAUCGCCCAUUACUUCAACACAAGAAAUGAUUAUUUGAGGUGCGUUGCCUUUAUUGUCAUCAAAUAAAAUCACAAGCAGUUAAAAUUAAAGGCCUCUUUGCCGAGCUUUCACUGUAACUCAAGAAUGAUCGGAUUACUAGAUACGUAACUCGUAAUUAUAUUGCCAAGCAAUCUGCGCAUUGGUAUGCAUGAACUACACAAAACUCCGAAAAAUAAUUCAACUGAUAUAAUUCUAGCACUUAUAUAACUGAUAUUUUGCGUUAGCACAGAACGCCGUCAGGCUUUCACGACCAACGCCACAUCGCUGUCGUGACAGCAAGCGAACCGCACGACAACAUUAGUUGUUGAAAAUCACAACACAAGGCUCAGACAAUAGAACAUUUAAAUGACAUUUUCAACCGCAAUCAAAGUUAGUGAUACCAAAUUAGCAAAAAUAUCGUACGUCGUCUUCUCCUGUGUUGAACAUCCUGCAGUUGCUCUUGUUCGGUGCUGUUGGCUUGUUGUUGAAAUGGGACCAAUUUUUCGAGUCAAGAAAUUGCUCUUCAUCCAACAUGUGAUAGCAUGAUAGUUCCGAGUUACAUCCUAAGUUUGCGUGUACGAUAAAUUACGUUUCUGCUAGGAAGAGAAAUUGUUUACGCCAGUGAGCAAGACGCUAAAUCCAACCAAACACAGAAACCCUUUUUCAAAAGCCUAAUUUUGAAGAAUUCAAGUCCAUACAUCCUCAGGAUCAAAAAGACCAUGAAUAGGCAGCCGUCACGUCGCUCGAUCUAUUAUUCCAUGUUUCCUUCUCGUUCGUAAAAUGUUGCAUUAACAAUCGCUAUCCUCCACCUCCAAUUUAUUGUUUGUAUGACGCUUCAACACUUGCAAGCCUGCCUCCCUUUCCCGAUGUUCCUGGAUACGAGCUGGGCUCGAGGGUAGAGUUCCUGAACAAAACUCGAUACACUGUAAUAUGUCGUCCUUAAUUUUUUUGCACGAUGUGUUAACAUUUUGAUGGUUAUAAUAACAUAAUAUACUAUCAUAACGAACAUACUCACCUCAAUAGUGCCUUGAACGCUCAUUGUAAAGAGUGAGUUUUGAGAGUGAAUUACCAGUUUGGUUAAUUUUUUUGUAACUAAUCAUU